UUAUCUACUGAUGGGAGAUUAACGUGGAGCAUUGAUUGAGAGGAGAGAAAGUAAACCUACAAUUAAUUUAGUGUUUAUCGGUUCAGCCAGCUGGCGUGUUCCUGUGAUAAAUUAAGUGAGCUUCUAAUUUUCAGUUUUACCUUAAUAAUGUCAACGCGAAGAAUAAUUUACACAGAGGCGGCUCCAAAGCCCAUUGGGCCCUACAGCCAGGCUGUUUUGAUUGAUAAGACUCUUUACAUCUCUGGAAUCACGGGAAACUGCCCUGCCUCUGGAAAAUUAGUAUCAGGGGGUGUAGUUGAGCAAGCAAGACAACUUUUCAAAAACAUGGCUGCCAUCUUAAAAGAGGCAGGCGGAGACUUUAGCAAUGUUUUAAAAACAACAGUUUUUCUUAAAGACCUAAAUGAUUUUGCCACCGUCAACCAAAUCUACGCAGAACACUUCAAAGAACCGCAUCCAGCUCGAUCAUGUUUCCAAGUAGUUAAAAACCCUCUCGAUGCUUUGGUAGAAAUUGAGGCAAUUGCACGCAUUGAAUGAGCACAUGCGAAUAACGUACUCAACAUCUGCUCUGCGCCGCCUAAAUGAAAAACUCAUUCACCGUACAGCAAUCUCUGGAGGAAGGAAGUUGGAGCGAAAUCAAUCGCGAAACUAAAAAAUGAACGAUGGUAAUCAAAGUUCAUUUUAAUUGCCCUAUGACCGAUCUCCUUUUUGAUGUAAGUUGAGUGAACGUCAGUGACAGCAACAUCUCGCAGCUGUCUGGGAAGGCAACGGUCUACUAACUUUGAUGUGAACUUUUCCUACAAAAAUGUUAAAAAGUUUUCAUAGAUCUCCCUCAUUUAUUUUCUAAAAUUUUAAAACAUAAGUUGAGACUUACAACUGAGUUAUCCACCGUUGAAAAUAAAUACAGAUGUUCAAAAUCGAA